AUUAAAAACAAAUGCUGUAUGAAAAUCUAAAAAGCAAUAUGAAAUUUUAACAACCCUUGAAAAAAGUUACAUUAAAUAAAUGAAAAGAAAAAAAUUAUUGUGAAAAAAAAAAAUUCUAAACAAAAGUUGCCAGAGUCUAAGGAAAAAUGUGCAAAAAAUCAAUGUGACCAAAUAAAAGCAACAAAAAUAAUAAAAAAAAGAAAAAUCCUUGUCUUUUAACCACAUGCAAAAAAAAAAAUGUAAAACUUCAGGAAGACGCCAAUAAAACCCAAAAUUUAAAUACCAAAGAAUAUUAAUAAUAAGAAUAACAAUAAUUGUGAUACAGUCAAUAUUUGUUGAAAAAUAUUGACAAUAAUUAAAAAAAAAAACCAACCAACUAAAUUCUAGAAACUAGACUUAAGACGUAAGACUAAAUACAAGUUGUAACUUCAACUAGCACUAGCCAAAACCAAGCAACCACCAACAAUUCAUCCAAUUCUUUUUUGGAAAGGUUCAACAUAAGAGCAGACAAAUGUCAUCAAACGUUUUAAUUGGUAGAUCUCUAUUACAUGAAGGUGCUCGUUCAAAUCGUCGUUCCUUGGUGUCGUUGAUAUUCGGCCUAAUAGUGGGAUUUUGCUUGGCUGAACUUUUCGUUUUGUCCACACCGGCCAAACCGGAAUGGCUGCUGUAUGAAGGUCACAGACAUGGUGAUAUUAACGAUCCACAUGCUAGUCAUGAUCUCAUAGAUGCUUCUGGUCCCGAAAUGGAUGUGGGCUUUCAUCAGCACGACCACGAAAACAGUACUGUGGCCCAGAAAUUGUACAGUGAGGUGCGAGUGCUGUGCUGGAUCAUGACAAAUCCUAAAAAUCACAAAACCAAAGCACGCCAUGUUAAACGGACAUGGGGUAAACGCUGUAAUAAAUUGCUGUUCAUGAGCUCGGAGGAGGAUAAAGAUUUGGGCACAGUGGCGUUGCCUGUUUCGGAGGGCCGCAAUAAUUUGUGGGCCAAAACCAAAGAGGCCUAUAAAUACAUUUACGAUAAUCAUUUAAACGAUGCCGAUUGGUUUUUUAAGGCUGACGAUGAUACUUAUGCUAUAGUGGAGAAUUUGCGUUAUCUUCUCUAUCCCUAUACUCCGGAAACUCCCAUAUAUUUUGGUUGCAAAUUUAAACCGUAUGUUAAGCAGGGUUACAUGUCGGGCGGUGCCGGCUAUGUUUUGAGCAGAGAAGCAGUGCGUCGUUUUGUGGAGCAGGCCAUACCAAAUAAGAACUUGUGUCGUAAAGACAAUGAUGGUGCAGAGGAUGUGGAAAUUGGCAAAUGUUUGGAGAAGGUUAAUGUAAUCGCUGGCGAUUCACGGGACCAUCAAGCGAGAGGUCGAUUUUUCCCAUUUGUACCAGAGCAUCAUUUAAUACCCAGUCAUACGGAUAAGAAAUUUUGGUACUGGCAGUAUAUCUACUAUAAAACGGAUGAGGGUCUUGACUGCUGUUCAGAUUAUGCUAUUUCAUUUCACUACGUAACACCAAAUCAAAUGUAUGUAUACGACUAUUUAAUCUAUCAUCUGCGACCAUAUGGACUAAUUACUGCUCCUGAACCGCUGCCCGAAAGAUUAAAAGUCGGCGAAACAGAAUCACCUCCCGUGGAACAGCAGAAAGAAGCCGAGACUGUGGAGUCAUAAAAUUAGUUUAGUUAUUUAGAUGACAAAAAAACACACCCAACCACACAGAUUUUUAAAACUAUAACUUUAAAUUAAUAUUUUAAGAAGUUUUGUAUAAAUUACAGGAGAAACCAUGAAUAAUGGGGAAGAUAUAAAGAGUUGAAAUUUUCAAAAAGUACUGAAAUAAACCAAGCAUACCAGUUUUGUUGAUUUUUUGCUAAUAAAGCUAAGUCCUUUUCUUACCGUUGAAUUUCCUCUCUAAGUGUCUUUCCUAUGCCAUGUUUAUGUAUAUAGGAAAUAUUUGUAGAUUUUUAUUUAUAUUAUUAUUAAUAAUUUUGCCAUAAAUGUUUAUUAGUUUUAUUAUUAUUAUUGUUUUAUUAUUAGUUUAUUUGUGUUAAUUUUUUAUUAUUCGUAUACAUAAUUUUUGUUUAUGUAACUGUGUAAAUGAAUUAAAUAAUUUUUAAAAAAUUAGUUAGAUAUUAAAACAAAUUAAAUUUCCUUUAAAUAAUUUAAAUUAGAUUGUAAGAAAAUUUUUACUUUUAUAGCUGGUAUUGUAAAAUUGUUUAUUAAAGCCAUUACAGUAGAGUGUUUAAUUUGGUAUUUAGAUUAACGGAGAGAUACUUCAAUAUAUUAGAAUAUAUGCAAGAUGGAACUCGUAAAUAAAGUACUUCUUGUACAUUAUACCACAUAUGAGUUCUAAGACAUGCGAAGGCAAAAUGAUGUCGCAGCUCACUUGGAUCAGAAUUACUUGUCCAUUUGUUUUAUCUCAAAAUGGAUGAAGUGUAGUAAAAAAUUAUAUCACAGUAGAGAAGGAAUAUUCCUAAUAACUAAGACUAAUAGUCCAAUUAGCAUUAAGUGCCCAUGAUGGCAUUAUUACCAAACCAUUUUGACACUUUUAUGAAUAAGCUGAUAUUAUCUAAACAAAUUUCCAUGAGGUUCGAAAAUUUUGUCAGGCUGACCUAUCCAAGAUCCGUCAUUGCUGAAUAUAAAUGUGAUGUACUUCUUACUUAGAAACCGAACUCACAUUGAUUAUAUUCAAAGUCGUUGUUUUUAAGAAAAUCGCACGUUUGUUACCAUAAAUCUAACAGAGCAGAUUUUCAUGAGCAAAACCUACCAAAUGUUAAAUAAUUCACAGACACUAUAUAGAUUCGAUCUCAAAAUUAAUAACGAACAUUUCUUUCGGAAUGAAACCACAAUCAGUUUUCAAAGUGGAAUUGAUAUUUCUUUGUAAGUAUUUGUUUUUCUAAAAUUUUUAAUCAAUUUCUGCAACAAAAACAUCACUUUUGUUUUAAUAUAAAAAACGCUGUCAAAUUAAAAUCAGAAAUACAGAAUUUUUAAAUAUAUUUGGAACAAAUAAAUUACACUGAAUCUGAAGAACCUAAAACGAAAUCAAUCGUAAUAAAACUACGGAAUUGAAAACAUUCAGUGUGACAGUCCAGUAUGAUCAUGAAAAAUUUGGCUUCGAAGCAAAGGCCAUACAUGAAUGUUCUAUAAAAACUUUAAAUUUAUUUACAAUAUUUCGUUAGCAAAGGUUCGAAAUAAUUUUUAAUUUCGUUUUCAAAAGAAUUCUAAAUUGAUAUCUUACCCAACCAUUAAAGUAUAAAUUCAUAGGCUUAAUUCCUUAUUGAAUAGUUAAAUUUGCCUUUAAUUCAAAUCUAUUAUAAAUUAGAUACAUAAAAUAUAUUUGGUCAAUUCACAAGGUCUCUUAUCAUGUCAUAUUGUCAUAAUGUCCUAAUAUUUCACAAUGGUUUUUAUUGCUUUUCAAGCAAUAGGCGCCGAAUGCCUAAGAGUCGGUUAAGCCGAGCUGCCGAGUCGUGUUAUAUUAGGACAUUAUGACAAUAUGACUGAUAAGAGACCUUGUGAAUUGACCAAUUUAUUUUUAAAAUUGUUCUUCAAUUCAAAUCGAUUACAAAUAGAUAUUUUGUUUCAAUUCAAGAAAAUUUUUUUCAUUUAAUUUGCAGUAGACUUGAAUUAAAAAAAAUUUAAUCAUUCACAAGGUUAGUGAAUUUUAAUAUGAAUUAAUUAAACAUUCAGGUUUGUGGUAGAAAUCGAUUUUGAAAACUACUCGUUAAGAAACCGGUAAAUGUCAUGACUUAAUUGCUUUCGUUGUGUGUGAUGUUUAAAAAUUACAAUUUAAUAUUUUUCCAUUAAUUUGUAUCUCAUUUGUUGACUAAAAUUCUUUUAAAUAUUUGUCAUCUACGUAGUAUUUUUAAAUCUAACGAAAUUCAUCAUAUUUCUCUAAAUCAAUCGUUUUGAAACCGUUCAAUUUCCAUCACAAGCUAACAAAUUAUUUUAUUGAGAAUGUUUUUUUUUUUGGAAUGAAUUGUUGAAUAAUUCAAAAUUAAGUAUUUCAAUGCUCAGCUUCAAUUCGAAGGUUUCGUUGUUGUAGCGACUUCAGGUGAAAUGUCAGCUUCUUAUUAGUUUGAUGAAAGCGCCAGCUUUUCGUAUGGGAUAUGUUUGCAUGUUUUUAAUGAACUUUUCUUCAUGAAAAGCCACCAACAUGGGGUUCUUAAACUCGAUAUGGUUUUAAAACAUGUGAAAUUUAUGUUCCCAUGAAAUAUCUAUUUCCCUCGAAGGGAAAAUUGCUAUCGUGAUAUUCCCAUGCACUUUACAUUCACAAUAGUUGAUUUUGUUCGUAACAGACGCUUAUUGUUUAAAAAAUUACAUCUAAAAAUUUCCCAUGUUGUAGAAUUUGUUCACGUGAACAAAGUUGAUGAACCAAAAAUGGGAAAAGGGAACAUAUUUCAUGUGAAAUAUGUUCACGCGAUAGGGGUGAAUAUACCUGACAUGACAACAGAUGUUGCCGGGAGCUUUCGAUCUUCUGUUUCCGUGUGAAUAUCAGUAAUCUUUAAAAGAUCAGCAAGAAGUUUUAAGUUUGAAAUGCUCAUUAAGAAUAUUGUCACAAAAUAUGUGGAUAGGUAAAACAAUGAAAAAACAAAAUAUGUUUUUUGCUCUCCAUUACCUAUUUAAAGUCCAUUUACACGAUCGAAUCCGCUUUUAGAAUGUUUUUAUGAUAACUAUGAAAAAAUACAGAGAUUAUUCCAUGUAUUUAAUAAUGUAUGGAUUAUUGCUUUAUUUUUAUGUUAAAGAUCUAAAAAAUUCACUUUUAUAUAGUAAGUUAAUGUCUCAAACUUGUGUCGUAAAAUCGAUCGUGUAAAGGGACUUUAAGUGAUAUUUUAGACAUUAAUGUAUUUGAUGAAUCGCUUUGAAACGGUGUGAUGAAUUUUCAAUAUUUUCGAUUUUAAGUUAAAUUGUUUUAAACCAAAGCCUUAAUUAAAAGAACUUAGUCAUCAAAUAUGAUAAACAUUUAUUAAUCAAAUACGAAUUUGGUAUAAUCUUUCUUUAUAUAUAUAAUUCUUCUGUACGUGUGUUAGUAACAACUCCUCCUUAAAGGCUGGGUCGAUUUCGAUGAAAUUUGUUGUGUGUGUUUGAGUGGAUCAAUGGAUGGUUUAGAUUCACAAUUGACCUAUAUAGGAAUAAUGGGCAUGGCACCUCCCAUACAAAGUAAAAAUUUAUUAUUGCAUAUAUGGAGUACUAUUAUAGUGGGAGUCUUCAACCGUUAUGUGAGCUAUGGCAGAACAACGUUUGUCGGGACAUCUAGUAUUAAUAUAAAAUGGGAAGAAUAAUAAGCUUAUGCGGUGCCGAAUCAUUUUGAUUUCUAUCAAAUACUUGAUUAUAAUUUGUAAACUUCUUGAGUAACUUUAUCCAUAAGCAAAUACGAAUAUAAUCAGACAUGAAAAUAACUCUUUACUGAUGAAACUAUAAACUCUCUUGAUCACAAUUUUGACAUCCUCAAAUAAUCUAUACAUUAUCUUUGGUUUACAUUUAUAUUAAGUUCAACUAAUCUAAGUUUAUAUACCAAAUUUACCAUUUGCAUAAGCACUUUACAGUCAUGGCUUCUAGAGUCAUUAAAAAUAAAAAUUUUUAAGUCAUUAUUAUUUUUUUUUAAAUUAGCUAAAUAAAUAAAUUAAGUAUGCUUUUGUGUUAACAUUUUUGUUUAAAACUUUUGUACAAAUAUCUCUUACCUCCAUUUAUACCAUUAUUACGAGUUUAUACUUGUAAAAUUAAAAGUAAUACGAUGAUACCAUAACAUUUAUAAAUCAAAAGUAAUUUUAAGUUAUUUUGUUAUAUUUUUUUCUAAAAAAACUUUUUAAUGCAAAAGUUUUAGUCGUUUUUCUCUCUUUUUUAAGCACAAAAGAUUUGAAUUUUUUUUUUAUUUGUUACAAAAAAAAAAAAAAUAAUAAAUAAAUUAUAAAGCUCUCGCUCGCAUUUAUUAUAAUCUAGUACUACUUACUAUAAUAACUUUUAAUGUGAAUACUUAUUAUGAAAGUAAUAAAAAUAAACGAAAUUAAUAAUUCAAA